UCUUUUUACCGCGAUCAGCACACCGCAUAAAACCAACAUGGCAGCCGCCAGUGAAACUGCGAACGCCGAAGUUACGAACACAAAUUCGGACGAUAUGAAUUCAUCGCAACCAGUUUUGCUCACAGAGGGAAGCUUUUCUGUCGAGAAUGGAUCGUCAGAACAAAAACAGGACGGAGGAUCGGGAGUAGAAGGUGCAGAAGGCGAGGCAGCAGAGGAAACAUUGAGUCAAAAAAUCGACCGGUUGGAAGAGUUGAAUAAAGAGGAACAGCAAGACGAGUUGAAAUACGUACCACCGCUUCAGGAUCCGUAUUCACGCUCUGUCAAGUACAUGGAGAAACAUAACAUCAUGCAAAUAUUCCAGCACCUAACUGCAGAGAUUGUGUACCACAAGCCAACCGACCCCUUACAACACAUGCUGGAGGAGCUAAACAGAAUGGUUGCAGACAGAGAAUUGAAACGAGAGGAAGCGCUCAAGAGUGCCGGUAUUCGCUGAUGAACCUGGGGCCUCCAUCUACGUGUGUGGUGCUUAUGGACAGGAUGGAUAAGAAAAAUGUUUCAUCUUCAUUCACUUCAAACUACAACUUCUCAAAGUUAUUCAAACAUGAUUGAAACUGAUAAUACCCCAAAACCUUAUGAAUUUACAAAUAUAUGAUGGAACGUUUUGUCAGAAGAUUAAAUUUGGGUUUGGGAUUGUGCUCUAAUAUUUUAUGUUGAAGGGCAAAAUUCAACAUUGAAAUGAUGAUGUACUUGAACACUAAACAGUAGUAAACAAAUUUCAAACGUGGAGUUACUUCUAUUUCUCUUAUUGGACAUCAUCCUAUCAAAAAGUUACUUAAAAAUAUAUCAAGGUGGCAUACUUCAUAUGCCACUCAGUUUCUGCAUCAGCAUUACUAUUAUCGUUUUGCUCUU